ACAGCCCACCCUCACCAGAUUUAUCAUGUUGCAUCUCAUUGGAAUCGUCUCCUUAUUGGCUAAAGAGCUAUGACGCUCGCGAACCAUCAAAUCUCCCUUCAGUCAAAGGGAGGGUGUCCCACAUAGCAUGGAAAGACCUCAUUGGCUUCUUAGCUGCCUAUCUCUGCACCAAUAGCACAGAUUGGCUCAUGAGAGAGCUUGUUUGAAUCGUUAGACCCUGGACUACAAAUCUGACGCCCAAGUGUAGUUUUAUAAGCCUCCAAUGAGAAGUGAGAGCUGAAACAAUGGACGGAAGUUAACCGCUGUUUACAGUUUUCGGUGAGAAACGUAAUACUUGUGAGGCGAGCAAAGCGUUUUGGAUUCAAAGGCUUAUUACCUAUUCCAAUUCCUUGGACUUUUGGCAAUUUUUUUUUACAAGCAUUUGUUUUGGAAAAUACAUUAACAUUAGUGACAAUGUGAAAAAAGGGAAAUUGCAUUUAAAGAUCUGCUGGACUGAAACCCAGUGACUCUUGGACACUCUCCCUUGCAGCAAACAUAAUCAACGGUAAGCCUUCAACCCAUUCAUUACCAGUCUCAAAACAAAAUUUUCGGCGCAUUGACUUCAGAGUCUGAUGGAAUCGCUCCAAUGCACCUUGGGAUUCCGGGUGGUAGGUACUAGCCAAUUGGUGCUUAAUACCCAACUCAUUUAACAUGUGAAAAUUCUUUAGAUGUGAAAUUAGUGCCUUGAUCUGACUGGAUCACCUUUGAAUAGAGAGCAGAACUUAAUUAGUUCUUGUACAACUGUCCUUGCUUUAAGAGUGCGAAGGGGGAACCGCUUGUUACGUGCCAAGGCACGUAUUUUGCAGGUGUGUUUUAUUUGCUUGUGUUACAGCGGAUCGGCUGCGUGAGCGCGAUGUGGUUUACCAAAUACCGGUCGGUGCAGGGCGGAAACGCAGCGUACGGACACCGCCCUGGAAGAAGUCCGCGACCAUAAAAGCGCGAACGUCGCAUCAACUCAUUGUUGGGUUGUUGGUUAGCGAGUUGUUGGAUAAUUGUUAGAAAGUUAUCUGCUGUGUGUUUUGGCAGUGCGAUUUAUGUUCUUGGUUUUCAAUUUUGUUAUACGUACGGGGCUGAAAGAGGUGAGAAGGAGCGCGCUAAUACAUUGUUCACCACGUAGUAUACUUCCGUGUCUAGAGACCUCGGGUAAGGGGCGGUGCCUCGCCCUGUAUUCUAGUUAGCGAGGGGAGUACAGAGUAGUUAGGAUUUUGGUUUCACUUUUGUUUUAGAUGAGCAUGACUAAUAUAAGCAGUGUUAUGUAAGCAGGUUUUGACUUUCCGUUUGCAAAAAUUGUUAUAUUUUGAGUUAUUUGUUUACAUAUUUUUAAUGCAUCCUGCUGUGAUAUUGAAAAUAUAAUUUUGGUUAUUACUGGGGGAGAGGAAAUAUCCAGCCUCUAUAGUACAUUCCUCUACAAUCUUACCAUCGCAGUCUAUGAGUUAAAGACUGUGGAUCAGGAUCAGCACCAAUGGAGGCAAGGCAGAAAGAGGAUCAUCUUAUAUCAUUUCUGACAACAUUGGGACUUAGAAAUUACUACCCAAACAUGCUGACUCUGAAGUCUUUGCUGGAGAUCAACAAUGUCAGUUUAUCUGAUAAAGACGUUCAGUCACUGCACGAGAUACCAGAGGCUUUCCUUCGCAAACUGCUAAUGGUUAAUUCAGAUUCCCGAACUGUAAUUUGUUCACCUGGUGGAAAUAAGGAAACAAACGAUUUGUUUGCUGAACAGAGCUGUGAUUCUACCCCAAAUCUCCUAGAUGUACACACUGCACUCUUCGCCUGUGCUGACAGUUUCCUUCAGCAAGAAAUGGCACUAAAAAUGUCAAUGUGCCAGUUUGCAGUGCCAUUUUUGUUACCUCAAGGAGUUCAUAAUCAAUGCACUCUGAUGUUAUGGGCUCUUAGAGGUAUCCUGAAAGAAUGGCGUCCCCACUCAAUGACAGAAUCUAAAGGGUUUGUUGAAGACAGUGUUGUUCAUGCAAAAAUUCCUAUGAUAUCAUUUGUAAGGUUAAGCAACUGCAGCUUGACCAAGUCAAAGGUGUUGAACCAAGUGUUAAAAAAUUCACAGCAGCACCAGGAUUUUUUUUGUUAUCAAGAAAUGAUCGGAGGAUCUACUCCAAGAGUCAUCUCUAAUGGCAUGGUUGAAAUAUGCUGGAGUUUGCCAUGUGGAAACAAAACCAUUGAUGUCUUUCCUGAGCCAGUGGUUUUUGCUAAUUUAAGAGGAGAUGUUUGUGCAUUCGAAACCCAAUUCAGUUUCCUUUCUCAGGUGUCAACAGCUGUCUUUGUGUUCCUAGACAGUGUUGAUGAAAACGAACAAAUGUUGUUUGCCUCUUUACAAGAAAUGAAGUCCAAAUGCUUUCUUGUGGUCAACACUCCAGGAAAUAUGAAUGAGAAAAUAAAGUCAUCAAUCAAAGCAGCAGUUGAUACUCUGCAACUGGAAAGAGAUCACAUCAUUCAGAAAAGCCAAAACAUGAAUUUUGCUACAUUUUCAAUGAGGAUCAGUUCUUCUAUUACAAAAGUGCUGGGUGAGCAUCACAGGGCAUGUGAAAUUGAGUCUAUGAAGACAAUUGCUCAAAAUUUAGGCCUUAGAAUUGAUGAAAAUGAUAGCACAGCCUGUGUGUCAGCAAACAAAACAGCAGAGGAAAUCAUGAAAUGCAUUGGAGUUCGUCCCAUAGUGGAAUAUAAAAAGACACAGCUGCCACUGCAAGGUGAAAACUGGAAAAGACUGGCUCAGAUAGAAAAAGAGCAAUGUCGAUUACAACAUUCAGGGGAGUUGAGUUUGGAGGAGUAUAAGGCCCAACUUCAAAAUGAAAAAGAAGAAAUUCGAAACAAACAAAGCAACCAUAAGAUUACAAAAACAAUGGACAUCUUAAUAAAGGCAUUGUCAACCUCAGAUGAUAUCGAGAGAGCCUAUUUUCUCAGAUGGCUGGGAAUAAAGCUGGACAUGCGAUCACGCAAACACAUGACAGACCUUCGGCACAAAUACAGAGAGUGUGAACAAAAGAAAGACAGAGAUGCUGUAGCCCAAUUAGACCAGGAGCUGAUUGACGCUUCUCUUGGCAUCGAGCAUUACCUGAGAGAGCUGGGACAAAUCUAUGAGGCUGCUUCAUUUGGUUCACACAAAAUAACUGAUAAAAUGAGCAAUCUUCCUACUCUGGCUGCCAAACUGCUUCUGGCUGGAUUUCCUCUUGAAAUACUUGAUGGAGAUGCAUCAAAUAUCCCAGAGAAAUGGGUGAGCGAUGUUCUCACGGAGCUUCACAAGAUGGUUAAGGAAAGGAGCCGUUUGCUGGUUAUAACUGUGUUAGGAGUUCAGAGUUCUGGUAAAUCAACACUGCUCAACACUAUGUUUGGAGUCCAAUUUGCAGUAGGUAGUGGAAGAUGCACACGUGGAGCAUUUAUGAUUCUCCUACCUGUGGGUGAAGACUUGAAGGAAGAGUUACUUUGUGACUUUGUCCUUCUGAUUGAUACAGAGGGUUUGAAAUCACCAGCACUGGCACAAUUGGAAGACAGUUAUGAUCAUGACAACGAAUUAGCUACCUUUGUGAUUGGUCUUAGUGACGUAACCAUCAUAAAUGUAGCAAUGGAGAAUUCCACAGAGAUGAAGGAUGUCUUGCAGAUAGCAGUUCAUGCUUUUUUACGGAUGAAGGAAAUUGGUAAAAAAACAGUCUGCCACUUUGUUCAUCAAAAUGUUGCUGGUGUAUCAGCACAUGAGAAAAACAUGACAGACAGACAAAAGCUUCUGGACCAGUUAAAUGAAAUGACACUGAUUGCAGCUGAGAUGGAAAAGAAGCCUCAUGUGAAGAACUUCACUGAUGUUAUGGAUUAUGAUGUGGAAAAGAAUAACUGGUAUAUACCAGGCCUAUGGCAUGGCACACCACCAAUGGCACCAGUUAAUACAGGCUACAGUGUUGCUGUUCUUGAUUUUAAGAAAAAACUUUUGGAGAUGCUUAAAGCAAGAAAAGGUGAACAACUCUUCCAGAUUCCAGAGUUCCUGCAAUGGAUCAGUAGCUUAUGGAAAGCAGUGAAGUUUGAGAACUUCAUCUUCAGUUUCAGAAACACUCUUGUGGCCAAUGCCUAUGACAACCUUUGCAAAGAGUUUUCAGACUGGGAAUGGACUUUUAGAAGACAUAUCUUGUCUUUGAUUUCUAAUGCAGAGGUUCAACUGUCUAACACUGAAACAAGCAGUAUUCAUGGGGUUGUUGAUGCACUCAACAAAAAAACUGAAAAAGCGCUCAUGAUUCAAUCAGAAGAAAUGACAAAGAAAUUGAAAGACUACUACAAAAGGAAAGACCGUAGUGUGCAUUUGGUGGAAAAAUACAAAACUGAUUUUAACAAAAGCAUUAAAUCUCUGCAGACUGAAAUGAUGAAUGAAGUGAAAAAACGAUUAGAUCUGGCUAUUGAGAUGAAGAAAAACACUGCAAAAUUAGAGGAGAUACACAGUAAGCAAGCUGCAAUGGUCGAAUCCCAAGUUCUGCAAUUACUUCAGAAGUACAAAGAUCACAAUGAUGAAGUGCCUGACGAGGAUCUCAAAGCCGAUUUUGAAAGAAUGUGGAGAAGAGAGAUUGCAAACUUCACUGGUCUAAAAGAACGGGAUGUUUCCGCUGAUGUUUUGAAGCAAUUGCGAGCAAGCCUAGGAAAUCGCCAAGUCAAUGAGGAUUUGCAGAAUGUUUCAAAUUUGACACAUUAUGGGCAAGACAUUUUCAAAGCCAGGAAAAAACAUAUAAAUACGGGAAAAGGUUUACAGGCUGUAAAGGAUUUUUUUACAAAAAAGGCUACAAAGCAUGCUCUACAGAUUAUUGCAGAUGAUGCCAUUAACAGUUGUAGAAGGAUGAUUGAACAGUGUUCACAUUCCAAAAGUGAUUACCAAGAAACAUUUACAAAAGAUGUCCUUGAUGAAAUUGAUGCAAUCCUCACAAAAGAAAAUAACAAAUACAAUACUACAUUUGAAAUUGAGCUUAAAUUGCACAUUUGUGGAAUUGCCUCUCGGACAUUCCUUGAGAUGCACAGGAAGUAUCUCUCUGAGCAAGAUCCUGUCAAGCAUUUACAGAAACUUAAGAAUCAAUAUCUCUCUAAUUUUAUUGAUUUGUACAGAGAGAGGGAUCAGUGCCAAAAGAAAGCACAAAACUUUACUCAGCUCUGUCUCAAACCAGCAGUGACUGAGUACAUCGACCAGUCCAUCGGACCUGACAUUGUUGAUGCAGUUUUGGAGAAUAAAUCUACUGAGUAUAGUUCACGAUCACUAUUUCAGUACACCAUUCAGAAGGAACUGCUGGAAAAAUCUAAUUUCAAUGAAUUUACAGAGUACAUUAUACAUUAUAAGAAUUAUGUGAAAGACUGGAUAUACAAUCACAUUGUUGAAUACUUUUCCAAAGACUUAUCUCUGCAAAAAUUAAAAACGAAGAAGCUGGAAAUCAUAAUAAAAAAGAUCACUGAAGCAGUGGAAACAUGUAAGCUUGAAGCCAGUGGCUCUCCUUUGCCUAAUGAUGCAGAAGGUACCACAAAAUUGAUCCAGAAUCUUUGCAAAACUAUGAGGGAUGUCAUCACAAUACCCAAGAGCACAGUGGACAGUGUACUCUUUCAGAACACAAGCUGUUGUGAUCCAUUCACCAAAAGUCUUUGUGAAUGUAUCGAUGACCUGAAACAGCAAAUAUCAAAGGAGAUCUCAGAGUCAACUGAUAUCAAAGGUACACUGAAAAAUGUGUCGGUAAAACCCCAGGAUGAGCUUUUCAAGAGGGUGUUUGGAUGUGGAGUGCAGUGUCCAUUUUGCAAAACACCAUGUGAGGCAGGAGGAAAGGAACAUCAGCUACACCAUGCAGCUGUGCACAGACCACAGGGCAUUGGAAGGUACAGAUACAUAAAGACUAAUAUCCUUUGUGAAGAGAUCUGUACGUCUAGUGUUCAUGGCAAUGGAAAAUUUCGAAAUCAUGACACAAAUUACCAAUAUCAUCCCUACAAAGACUACCGGAAAUAUUACCCAGACUGGCAUAUUGCACCUGACAUGUCAAUAGAAGCCUCAGAUUACUGGAAAUAUGUGCUGGUGACAUUCAAUAAAGAAUUUGCUGAAAGGUAUAAAGCAUUGCCAGCUGUUUAUCCAGAUGUGUGGAAUCAAAUCACUAAAGAUCAGGCUUUUAUUAGUCUGAAGCUCAUGUUUAAUAUUAAAUAAUGGAAAAUUGGCCAAAUUUCACUGCAAACAUAUUGGCAUUUGUGAAGAAGACAAACUCCAUCACUCACAGUUCUAUCACUAAUGUUAUUGCUCAGGUGAAGCAGAAACUGGAAUGGAAUGCCUUAAUUAUUAGAAUUAUGAAAUUGAGGGAUUUUAAUGGUUUCUAAUAAACAAUAUAUCUGCAUGCCUUAUGAUUUUUUUAUGGUUUUAGAUGGUUGGAUUAUUUCUUUGACUGAUGUUAAUUAAAGUGUUACAACUGUUUACUUUGUUAUACAUGUUACUGUUAUAUUUAGUAAUUAUUGUCUGAAAUUCAGUUGAAUGCAUUAUUCAGAACAUAUUGUAUGAACAUGGAGGAUGUUAAUGAUCUAACAACAUAAAUGAUUUGUACAUAAUAUCAAUCUGACAAUCAAAACCAGUUGCAAUGGCAAAUGUCAAUGCGAAGUGAUUUUUAAAUAAACUAACAUAAUAUUAUAAAUGAA